UGACUGUCGACAGCACACUUCCUCGUUAGAAAUUACCUCAAUGGGAUAAGAUUUCUCCAAACAGGCAGCGAUACAAACCAUCCAACAUCGAUUCACUGAAGACUUUCUUACCGUCAUGGUACCCGUACUUACCGUGGCUGUUUGUGUGACGGUAAAUGACUGACUGACUGACUUGAUACUCUCGAUACUCUCUUCUUACGGUACCUUCAAUGCAUCUCAUGACUCUUGGGCAGCAGCAGCAACAGCAGCAGCUGUAUUAGCUGCAAGUCGUCUAGCAUGACCCGAGCUACUUUCUCCAAACGAGGACAAUUCUCGCUCUUUUUCCUCUGGAUCGGUCUGGUUCAUCUGUCGGGUCUCUACUUCUUCACCAAAGGCUUUCUUCUGACCCGCCAGAUCCUAGGGUCCAGAAGCUCCUGCGAUCAAGCCCCGAGAGUCCUAUGGCCUGGGAUUCACGGAGAUGAUGAAGGGUGCUGGCUUCGCCCAACCUUCAAGAAAGCCAUUGUCCUGAUCAUUGAUGCCCUCCGCUACGACUUUACCAUCCCCUACUCAUCCUCACAGACAGAAAAGUCCUAUCACAAUGCCCUCACCGUCCUGCACACCAUCGCCCUUGAACGCCCGCGCAACGCCCUUCUCCUUCCCUUCCUCGCCGACCCUCCGACGACCACCCUCCAGCGGCUCAAAGCUCUUACUACAGGCACUCUUCCAACCUUCAUCGAAGCUGGCUCGAACUUUGCCGGCUCCGCGCUUACCGAAGACAACCUUCUCGACCAGCUCCUCCUUUCCUUCUCUCCUUCGUGCACGUCCGACUUGAGCUCAGACUUCUGCUCUCCGCAUCAAAGCAGACGCCGCCUGAUUCACCUCGGCGACGACACCUGGCUCAAACUCUUCCCCGAACACUUCCUCCCCAACCUCUCCCACUCAUUUCCCUCCUUUGUCGUGGAAGACCUUCAUACCGUUGACAACGGUGUUACCACCCACCUCCUUCCGCUCCUGCGCCACGACGCUCUCCGCAGCGAAUGGGACGUGAUCGUUGGCCACUUUCUGGGAGUUGAUCAUGUCGGCCACCGCUUCGGGGCUGGGCAUCCUCUGAUGCGCGCCAAGCUACAGCAGAUGAACGCAGUGAUGCGGGAGGUGGUAGCAGCCAUUGACAACGACGAGGAGACGGUCUUGGUCGUCAUGGGAGAUCAUGGAAUGGACGAAAAUGGGAACCAUGGGGGCGAAACACUGGAGGAAGUUUUGGCUGCCGUGUGGUUGUAUUCGCCCCGGGAGUUUGUGGGAAAGAGGGUCGCUGAUGGUGGUGGUCGGAAUAAUGGGGAACAGGUUAUAGGGGGCUUGGAGGCGGCGGUGCCUCAGGUGGAUAUUGUCUCUACGCUGGCACUGUUGCUCGGGGUGCCUAUUCCGUUCAAUAAUCUGGGGCGGCCUAUAUCAGAGGCUUUUGCUUUGAUUCCAGAGAACAAGGAAGAGGAUAAUGUGAACUGGAGACGGCUGGUAAGGGUGAAUGCGCUGGCUGCCGCGCAGAUGGAGCGGUUUCAUGCGGAGUAUACGAGACUUUAUGGGGAUCACACAGGCGGUGUUGAGAUUCACAUUGAAAAUUUUGUACCAGAGGAGGUAGAUCCUGAAGAUGAAGGCUCAUUGGAGCGGACUUUUCGGGGACUGAGGGACUAUCAGGCGGAGAUGCUGAGGGGUUAUCGACGAGUUUGGGCGCAAUUCAAUGUCUUGAAUAUGAUUGAGGGGGUCGUGGUCUGGUUGCUGAGUCUCACUGCGAUGACCUGCACGCUCAUCGAUGGGUCUUGCUUCUAUGGAGCGUGGAUCAAAUCGCGGGCGGCGCUUGCUGGGGCCGCAAUGGGUCUUUUGGCUGCAGCGGGUCACUUUAUCUAUGCGGACCCUGCAUACCCCUUGCUGGAGAGUUUGAUACUAGGAUUUGCCAUUUCCAGUCUGAUUGCUUUGAUCGCUGGUGUGGAUCGCGGUGCUGUGCGCCGGUGCUGGCAGACCAAAUUCAGUAUUGGGGCCUGGCAGGCCAUCUUGUUUCCUCUGGUUGUCUCGGCUGGCUUCGCGUCGAACUCAUACACCAUCUGGGAAGAUGAAAUCUUGAUGUUCUUCCUGUCGGGCAUUGGGCUCUGCACGCUCGCCUCCUCCACCCAUCGGAUUGCUCCAAUUUUGAACCUGCUACUGACGCGCCUCGCCUCCUUUAGCCGACUGUGUCGAGAAGAACAAUCACCGACGUGCCGAACCACCUUCUACCGACUCGAGAGCUACACCCCGUGGCGCAUCCUCGCCCCGUUUCUGACCGCCAUCUUUAUCAUAUUUACAUCCAGAGCCAUAAGGCCAACCAACCAUGCAUGGCACACUGUAUACCUUCCACCUGCACUCCUCUUGAAUGCUCUUUUCUGGACGCUCCAAACAGCCAGCGAACAAGACUGGCUCGCAAGCAUCAUGUCGGAAGAGACGUCUAAGACGAAUCGCAUGAUUGUUGCUCGAAUGGUUCUUCUUGUCAGUCUUGCCGGUGCCGCUUCAGCUUUCGUGCCUUCUCGACGCUAUGUUGUCAACAAGCCACACAUCUUCACCAGUGCCAUCUUGCUAGUAUGUAUCCUUGUGAGUCCUCCAACCAGCGGUUUUCUGCUUGCGCUUCUCUACUUCCAACUCCUCCUGCUUUCCCGCGGCACGAGUUAUAGGGUCUGGCCCGUCAUGGCCGCUCUGCUAGGGUCAUUCUACUUCUUUUCGACCGGUCACAACGCGACCUUCGCCUCGAUCCAGUGGAAAGCCGCAUAUACUGGCUUCCGCGACGUGGUGUACCCGUGGUCCUCACUGAUGGUAGGGAUGAAUACAUUUGCUGGGCCGAUUCUCGCCGCGUGCGCUGUCCCUUUCUACGCCUCCUCUUUGGGAAACAUGGAAGCCCGAAUCCACAUAGUCCUCGCUCAUAGCGCAGUUUAUACUCUCUGGACAGUCUCCACCGCUAUCUGGGCGUGUAUCCUCCGCCGGCAUUUGAUGUUAUUUGCUAUAUUCUGUCCGCGGUUCUUGAUGGCAGGGAUACUCAUGGUGGUCGUAGAUGUGAUCAGUGUGAUGAAUUCGUUCAUCAUGUAGGAUACUUAGGAGCGCAGAAGUGCUAUCCAAAGCCUAUAGGGAAAGGGAAGAAGAAAAAAGGUUGAAGAGUGUCUUCGAAGUUGUGGAUUUCCUCUCUCUGAGUUCAGGUGGAAACGAAUGACAGUAGUUGGGUGAUUGGUUUGUUGAUAAUCAACAAACGAUAUAACCUCCUCCUUCCUCAGUUCCAACGACACAAACCAGUUUCCCAUUCACUCCCUCAAUCAAUCAUCACCUCCACCUUCUCGUCUCCGCCUCCUUUUUUCCCUCCACUCUCAAAGCGUCCUCUCUGACAGCUGGACAGCUCGAUGCAUCUACUG